AGGCUGGCUGCACACACAUUGCUACCAAACUCCAUUCAAGAUGGGGUGUGGUAGAGGACCCAGGAUACCAUUAUGGGUUAUAAUUCUAGUGAUCUGCUGUAUCCAACAGAAAGCUUCAAGUGCAGAAGAUGUACCUGAAAGAGUUACCAUCAUCCCAACAGUGAAAAAAAUUUCUGUUAUAUCAACCGUUCACUCCGCUCAUAAUGGACAGGUCUGCAGUACAUGGGGUGCCUUUCACUUCAAGACAUUUGAUGGUGAUAUGUAUAAUUUUCCUGGAGUCUGCAAUUACAUAUUUGCCUCCCAUUGCACUGAACCAUUUGAAGAUUUCAACAUACAAAUUAGACGCCAAGCAGUGGGGAACACCUCCACAAUUAGCUCUGUCACCGUGAUGCUGGCCGGAACAGAUUUUAAAAUGGAAAAAGAUCAAAUUUUGGUAAAUGACAAACGGAUUCAGUUACCUUACAAUGGACCUGGAUUUGAAAUAGAGAAUUUUCUCAACUAUAUUAAAGUGGUUAGUAAAAUUGGCUUAACCCUAAUGUGGAAUAAAGAAGACAGUCUAAUGCUGGAACUUGAUAAAAAAUAUGCCAAUCAGACCUGUGGACUUUGUGGAGAUUUUAAUGGCAUUCCAAAGUACAAAGAAUUUUAUUUUGAGAAUACCCCUAUAACAGGCUUCCAGUCUGGGAAUCAAUGGAAAGUGAAUGAUCCGACAGAAGAUUGUGAGGAUCCUAUACCUCCUCCUCAGAAGAAUUGCAGUGAUGAACAUGAUAUUUGUCGAAAAAUACUAACUGGUUCUGCAUUUUCUGAAUGUAAUGAUAUUGUCAGUGUGAAUAGCUACAUUGAUGCUUGUGUACAUGACUUGUGUCUCUGUGAUAAAGUUGAAAAAUUCUCCUGUCUCUGUGACACUUUCACUGAAUACUCUCGACAAUGUGCUCACGCUGGUGGCCGACCUCAAAACUGGAGAAGUCCAGAACUAUGCCCAAUAUCAUGCUCUUUGGAUAUGCAAUAUCAAGAAUGUGGAUCACCUUGUGCAAAUACUUGUACUAAUUCUGAAAGAUCUCAUGUCUGUGAAGAUCACUGCGUAGACGGCUGCUUUUGUCCACCAGGAACUGUUUUUGAUGACAUCAACGGCGAAGCCUGCAUCCCCUUUGAGCAAUGCUCCUGCAUUUAUAAUGGAGAAUCUUAUGCUCCAGGGAUGACAUAUUCAGCUCCAUGCCGUUCCUGUGUCUGCAGUGGUGGUGAGUGGAAUUGCACAGAGCUUCCUUGUCGUGGUAUUUGCUCAAUAGAAGGAGGAUCACAUAUCUCCACCUAUGAUGAAGUGUGGUAUAAUUUCCAUGGAAAAUGUAAUUAUAUUCUAACUAAGAUUUGUGACGAAGAAACCUUUACUGUUCUUGGAGAUCUUGGGCCAUGUGGCUUCACAGAGUCUGAGACUUGCUUAAAAAUGGUGGUUCUUACCAUCAAUGGAGGAGAAACUUAUGCUGCAAUCAACCGUGAAGGCAUAGUAAUUGUUAAUGGGAUGGUUACUCAGCUGCCUAUCUCAGUGGCUAAUGUAACAAUGUUCCAGCCUUCACAUUCCUUCAUCGUUCUGGACACAAAUUUUGGCCUUCAGCUCGUGGUCCAGGUUAAACCUUUGCUACAGUUAUACAUUUAUCUGGAUCCAUCUUUCCAAGGAAGAAUGUGUGGCCUCUGUGGCAACUUUAACCAUAACCAGAGAGAUGACUUCAAAACCCUGAAUGGAUUGAUAGAAGGAACAGCGAUCGCAUUUGCUAAUACCUGGAAAACUCAAGCUGCCUGUGACAACAUUAAACAGCAUUUUAAUGAUCCUUGCACCGUGAGCACUGAAAAUGAAAAAUAUGCCCGUCAUUGGUGUGGACUCCUGACUGAUACUGAAGGGCCUUUUGCUAAAUGCCACCCCAUAGUGAAUCCGAAGGCUUAUCACACGAACUGUAUGUUUGAUACCUGCGCUUGUAAGAUAAGUGAGAAGUGCAUGUGUGCUGCCCUCUCGUCCUAUGUCAGAGCAUGCAGAGCCAAAGGAAUUGAACUUGCAGGAUGGAGAACCAACGCUUGUUCCAAAUAUGCCACCUGUCCCAAAUCCCUGAAUUAUAGCUAUGAAAUUAGCUCUUGUCAACCUACUUGCCGAUCACUGAGUGAACCUGAUAUUACCUGCAACAUCAAAUUUGUCCCAGUUGAUGGCUGUACAUGUGCACCUGGAACUUACAUGGAUGAUUCUGAAAUAUGUGUACCUGCUAACCAAUGUCCCUGCUAUUACAAAGGAACAGCCAUGCUCCCUGGUGAAGUUUACCAUGAGUUUGGCGUUGCAUGCACUUGUAACCAAGGAAAACUAAACUGCUAUGGUGAUGGAGAAUCCAAACAAAAAUGUACCGCUCCAAUGGUUUACUUUGACUGCAGAAAUGCCACCACUGACAGCAAAGGGGCCGGAUGUCAGAAAAGCUGUCAGAAUUUUGAUAGACAUUGUUACAAUUCAAAGUGUGUCUCUGGUUGCGUAUGUCCAGACGGGCUAGUGUCAGAUGAGAAAGGUCAUUGUAUUCCUGUGGAAGAGUGCCCAUGUAUUCACAAUGAGGCCACAUAUCAGCCUGGGGAAAAGAUCAAAGUUGACUGUAACACUUGUAUAUGUAAGAACAGGAUGUGGAAAUGUACCAUGGAGACGUGCCUAUCAACCUGUGCUGUUUAUGGAGAUGGACAUUAUAUCACCUUUGAUGACAAGCGUUAUAUUUUCAAUGGGCAAUGUGAAUAUACACUCUUGCAGGAUUAUUGUGGCCAGAACAGUUCCACCCAGGGGUCAUUCCGAAUCAUCAGUGAAAAUAUUCCUUGUGGCACCACUGGCACCACUUGUUCUAAAUCUAUUAAAGUGUUCUUCAAAAACUAUGAACUGAUACUUACCGAAGAGCAGUAUAAAGUGGUAAAAAGAGAGAGUGGAGGUCUGAUACCAUAUAGAAUUCAUCAAAUGGGCAUCUACUUGAUGAUUGAGAUUCAGAAAGGACUAAUUGUCUUAUGGGACAAGAGAACAACUGUAUUUAUCAAACUCGGUGCAGAAUUCAAGGGUGAGGUCUGUGGACUGUGUGGGAACUAUGAUGGAAAUGGAGUUAAUGACUUUACAACUCGGAGUCGAUCUGUAGUAGGUGACGUACUGGAGUUUGGAAACAGUUGGAAGGUAUCACCCACAUGUCCCGAUGCCAAAUGUGUCAAGGAUCCUUGCUCCAAGAAUCCUUAUAGGAAAGCUUGGUCACAGAAGAAGUGCAGCAUCAUCAACAGUGAAGUCUUUGCUGCCUGCCACUCUCAGGUGGAACCAACUAAAUACUAUGAAUCCUGUGUGACUGAUGCCUGUGCUUGUGACACUGGGGGAGACUGUGAAUGUUUCUGUACAGCUGUAGCUGCAUAUGCUAAAGUAUGUAGUGAUCAUGGAGUAUGCGUAUCAUGGAGAACGCCUUCGAUUUGCCCCAUGUUUUGUGACUAUUACAAUAAUGAAGGUGAAUGUGAAUGGCACUACAAACCUUGUGGAGCCCCAUGCAUGAAGACCUGUAGGAAUCCAAGUGGGAGGUGCGCUUAUCAUUUACCUGGCUUGGAAGGCUGCUAUCCACAAUGCCCAGGAGAUAAACCUUAUUUCAGCGAGGAAGAGAUGAAAUGUGUUAGCGUUUGCGGCUGUUAUGAUGCUAAGGGUAACUAUCAUCAGUUAGGAGAAACAUUUACUACUGGAGUGGUGUGUCAAUCAUGUAAAUGUAACAACGAAGGCAUUAUUAGCUGUGAACAUGAUACUAAAGCUUGCUACUGCUACUACGAAGGAAAGAGGUAUAACUACAAGGAAGUCAUUUACAAUACAACAGAUGGCUUGGGUUCAUGUAUAACUGCAAUUUGUGGCGUCAAUGGAACAAUCAAUAGAGAAGUCUACAAAUGUGCUGGAAUUACCACAAAACCACCAUUUGAAUUCACAACUUCAAGUAGAACAGAAUCAAUUCCAACAAAAACAACAAUGUGUGUGCAUAAAGUUUGUAAGUGGAUGGGUUGGUAUGAUUUUAACUACCCAUCAUAUGAUUCAACCAAUGGAGAUUAUGAAACUCCGGAAAACAUAAGAGCCAAAGGACAUAAACUUUGCAAAAAUCCAGAAAAAGUGGAAUGCAGAGCAAAAGAAUUUCCCGAUGAAACAUUGCAUUCUCUCAAUCAAAUUAUAAUAUGCACACCAACUGAUGGCUUGAUUUGCAAUAACAAGGAUCAGACUCCACCAGUGUGCUACAAUUAUGAGGUCAGAUUCUUCUGUUGCAAUUUUGAACCAUGUGGUCCUUUGACAUCAACAACAGCUACUAAAACUACCAGAGGAACAACACCAAUUCCAUCCACUGAAAGAAAAACAUCACCACCUUAUAUACCUCAAUCUACAACUCCACAUUUUAUUGGGACCACUACCUCUACCUCCCAGCCUUCUACACUAAGUUCAGUGCAACCCGCAUCCACGUCUUGCCAUCCUAAAUGCCAGUGGACGCAAUGGUUUGAUGACCACAAUCCAAAGACUAGCCCUGAUGGUGAUUUUGAGCGCUUUGAAGACAUACGAGCACGUGGAUUGGUUUGUGAGCAUCCCCAAGACAUUGAAUGCCAGGCAAAGGACUAUGCACACACUAGGAAUCCUGCCCCUGAGCAGAAUUUCCAGUGCAACGUAAAGGUUGGACUAGUGUGCAACCAUACAGAGCAGACAAAGAAACCAUAUAAAUGUGUCAACUACCAGGUGAAAUUCCUUUGUUGUGAUUACAGCCAUUGCCAAACAGUCACAACCUCAGGAACUUCCAAACCUACAUCAGCCAAAAAUGUGUACAUUUCCACAACAUCCAGUUCAUCCACUCUACCACACACAAUAUCAACCACUAGUCCAAGUACACCCCUGGUGUCUACAAGUGCCGAAGUAACAACAGGAAAGCAAACAACCACAACUCUUCCUACUCCAUCAUCAACACGACAACACACCCUGGUGUCUACAAGUGCAGAAGUAACAACAGGAAAGCAAACAACCACUACUCUCCCUACUCCACCCUCAACACGACAAGUCACUUCUGGAAUUAUCUCCACUGCAUCAACCACUAGUCCAAGCACACCCCUGGUGUCUACAAAUGCAGAAGUAACAACAGGAAAGCAAACAACCACUACUCUCCCUACUCCACCAUCAACACGACAAGUCACAUCUGGAAUUAUCUCCACUGCAUCAACCACUAGUCCAAGCACACCCCUGGUGUCUACAAGUGCAGAAGUAACAACAGGAAAGCAAACAACCACUACUCUCCCUACUCCACCCUCAACACGACAAGUCACUUCUGGAAUUAUUUCCACUGCAUCAACCACUAGUCCAAGCACACCCCUGGUGUCUACAAGUGCAGAAGUAACAACAGGAAAGCAAACAACCACUACUCUCCCUACUCCACCCUCAACACGACAAGUCACUUCUGGAAUUAUCUCCACUGCAUCAACCACUAGUCCAAGCACACCCCUGGUGUCUACAAAUUCCGAAGUAACAACAGGAAAGCAAACAACCACUACUCUCCCUACUCCACCCUCAACACGACAAGUCACUUCUGGAAUUAUCUCCACUGCAUCAACCACUAGUCCAAGCACACCCCUGGUGUCUACAAGUGCAGAAGUAACAACAGGAAAGCAAACAACCACAACCCUUCCUACUCCACCAUCAACAAGACCAGUAACCUCUGGAAUUAUCUCAACUACACCGACUACCACACAAAGCACCACCUUGGUGUCCACAGCUGUAGAAAUAACAACAGGAAAGCAAAUACCUACUACUCUUUCUACUCCACUGUCAACACUCCUCUCCACCAGUGCAGGAGUAACAACAGGAAAGCAAACAACCACUACUCUCCCUACUCCACUCUCAACAGUUGUCUCUACAAGUGUAGGAGUAUCAACCGGUUCCACACUAGCAACUACUUUAAGCAGAUCAACUCCAUGUUUCUGCCAUGUAUCUGGAACUCCUGAUACUUUAUUUUCUCCUGGGGAAGUAAUAUACAAUAGAACUGAUGGUUCUGGAUGCCGUUUUACUGCAAUCUGCGAUGCAAAUUGUGAAAUUAAGAGGUAUCCAGUAUUCUGCCCUACAACAACUCCUCAUCCAGUUACAACCUCAGGAACAUUACCUGUUCUCAGUUCUACAACUUUUGCUCCAUCAAUUAAACCAUACACUUCCCCAAUCCCAAGAACUAAGGAAAGUAUUUUCUCAACUCCUAUACCAGAUUGCCCUGAUGUGGAUCCACCUAGAAAGUAUAAUGAAACAUGGAUGUUUAAUAAUUGCACUAAAGCAACAUGUGAGGGGAACAACCGAAUUGUUUUGGUGCCGCUUCCACAAGCUGAGAAGAUAAUCUGUGCCACUGGACUUGAACCAAAGAAAAUAGUGGAUAAAGAUGGUUGCACAGAACGCUAUGAGUGUGAAUGUAUCUGUAAGGGUUGGGACCAUUACCAUUUUAUGACUUUUGACGGCACUUCUUACACUUUUCAUGGCAAUUGUACUUAUAUCUUGGUGAAAGAGAUUGAGAAAAAAUAUGGAAACCUCCGUAUUUUGCUUGACAAUAACUUCUGUGAUGUAGCUGCUAAUCAAUCCUGUUCCAGAUCCCUGAUUAUAUAUUACAACUCUAUGGAAGUCCGACUAACUAGUGUAAUACAUGAAGGAGUGAGAGUUAACAAGAUCUUUUUCGGCAAUGAGUCUGUCCCACAGGGUUUUGUCAAAGAUGGCAUUGUGGCUACUAGUACUGGUUUUAUCAUGACGAUUGAAAUCGCUGCCAUCGACAGUUUUGUUUCGUUCAAUGGUUUCACCUUCUUUAUUAUGCUUCCAUAUAAACUCUUUCAAGACAACACAGAGGGACAGUGUGGGAGUUGUUCAAAUGACCAAUCAGAUGAUUGUCGCAAGCCCAAUGGACAGAAAGCUUCCUCCUGCUCAGAAAUGGCUAACUACUGGCAAGUGCCUGAUAUCAAUAAGCCCUACUGUCAGGUGGAGCCAACAACAACUCCUCCAAUGAGCACAACCAUGCCAACUACACCAGUGGAGACUACACCAACACCAACACCAACACCAACACCCUGCAGCUUUCCAUCACCUUUGUGCCAGUUGAUUAUAAGCGACAUUUUUGCAGAUUGCCAUAAAAUUCUGUCUCCAAGAGAAUUCUAUGAAAGCUGCCUCAGUGAAACAUGUUUGGCUUCCAAUGAUUCCUUGAGUUGCUUUUACAUUGACAUGUAUGCCUCUCUUUGUACGGCUAAUGGAGCUUGUGCCGACUGGAGGAGCAAAACUGAAGGGAAAUGCCCCUACGAUUGCCCAAAAGACAAAGUGUAUGCUCCUUGUGCCCCUAUUCAUCCACGAAGCUGUGAAAAUGGAUUAGAGCAUGACCAGAAUGACCAUGUUGCUGAACGAUGCGUUUGCCCAGAGGGCUCAAUCUUGUUCAGUUCUCACACUGGCCUCUGUGUUCCAGAAUGUGGUUGCGUAGGACCAGAUGGAUCCCCAAAACAGCCUGGUAGCAAAUGGAAGAGCAACUGUCAAGAGUGUACAUGUGACCCUUUGACCAUAAGCAUACAAUGUGAACCACAGAGAUGCCCAUUAACAACUGAAGUUUGUGAGGAAGAAGGAUACAUACCCACCCCUGUGGUAAAUCCAGAAGAUCGAUGCUGCCCCACAAUAAAAUGUGUAUGCAACACCACUACGUGCUCCAAGGUAAAGAAGACUUGUAAACCUGGAUAUCAUGUAGCCUCAGUCUCUUAUGAUAAGUGCUGUGCCGACAUUAAAUGUGAACCAAAUGAACAUGACUGUUUGGUUAAUGGAUCAGUUUAUAAGUCUGGAAUGACUGUUCCUGGUAAGCCCUGUGAAAUAUGCACCUGUACUUCUGUUACGGACCCUGCUACCAAGAGAAAUGUUGUGGAAUGUAAGCCAGUUACCUGCAACACAGAUUGUCCCAUGGGUCAUGAGUACCAAGUAAAACCUGGCGAAUGUUGUGGAAACUGCAUCCAAGUGGCUUGCAUCGUCAUCAUUAAUGGCACUGAUGAGAUACUGGAGCCUGAGCAGAUAAAAACGGAUAACUGUAAACAGUACAAAUGUGAACCAAGGAACAAUACGCUAGUUUUGGUUGAGACUAAAGAAACAUGCCCCUUCUUUGAUCCAGACUGCAGUCCUGAUCAAAUUGAAUUGACUCACAAUGGCUGCUGCAAGAUAUGCAAAGAGAUACCAAACUGCAAGCCACACAAGAAUCAAACUCUUAUCCGUGAAAAUGAAUGUGUAUCUCCUGAAACUGUUGAAUUGACUUACUGUGAAGGAACUUGUUCAAGCUCUUCAGUGUAUUCCCAAAAGGAAAAGGCAUUUCAGCAUAAAUGUAAUUGUUGCCAAGAAUUCAAGAGCCAUAAAAAAGAAGUAACCUUAACAUGUCUGAAUGGCACAACCAUCAUUUAUGACUAUUUAUAUGUGGAUGAGUGUAAGUGCAAAAAUGCAUGCUAGUUCGAAGCCUCAACCAGCUAGGAGAUUUUUUUUUAAUUUUUCUUAAUCCAAGACAAAUUCAACAAUCACUUGUCAGAAAUCAGUCAUCAUUCAGUGCUACUUUGGAUCUCUUCCUGUGUCCUUGAAUCAUAUAUGUUUCUGUUGGCCAGUUGCUUAAUCAAAUUAAUCUCCUUUUUCAUGUAAAAAAAAAAAUUACAUUCAUUCUGGCAAACUGCAUUCUCAUUGGAAGGUUUUUCUCUUUGGAAAAUCUUCCAAGUAAUCCUAACAUAAUGAUAGAAAUGUAUAACAUUGUAAUGUAGAAAAUUAAAUUCUUAUAUGUCCAUG